AUGCCGGGCGAGAUUCGUGCCCUCUCUACCACCAAUGACGUGAACCGCGUCGAGGCUCCAGUGACCUGGAAGGCCUACCUCAUCUGUGCCUUUGCGUCCUUUGGCGGUAUCUUCUUCGGGUAUGACUCCGGAUACAUCAACGGUGUCAACGGCGUCAAGGAGUUCAUCCACAUCGUCCAAGGUCCCGAUGCCACGGCUCUCUCGUCCUCCCACCAGUCUCUGAUCGUCUCUAUCCUCUCCUGCGGUACCUUCUUUGGCGCUAUCAUCGCCGGUGACGUCGCCGACUUCAUUGGUCGCAAAUGGACUGUCAUCAUGGGCUGCCUCAUCUACAUUAUCGGUGUCAUUAUUCAGAUGAUCACUGGGCCCGGCCACGGUCUCGGCGUCAUCGUCGCAGGUCGUCUGAUUGCCGGUUUCGGUGUUGGCUUCGAAAGCGCUACCGUGAUCCUGUACAUGAGCGAAAUCUGCCCCCGAAAGGUUCGCGGUGCUCUCGUGGCUGGAUACCAAUUCUGCAUCACCAUCGGCCUGCUUCUCGCCUCCUGUGUCGAUUAUGCCACAGAACACCGUAGUGACACAGGCUCUUACCGUAUCCCUAUCGGUAUCCAAUUUGCCUGGGGUUUGAUUCUCGGCGGCGGUCUGAUGUUCCUCCCGGAUUCACCCCGAUACUUUGUCAAGAGAGGUCGGAUCGAGAAGGCCAUGCAGUCACUCUCCCGCCUCCGUGGUCAGCCUACCGAUUCUGAGUACAUCCAAGUCGAGAUUGCCGAGAUCAUCGCCAACGACGAGUACGAGCGUGAGAUGAUUCCAUCCACCGGCUGGUUCUCCAGCUGGCACAACUGCUUCAAGGGCGGUCUCCGCAACCAAAAGUCCAAUCUCCGCCGUACCAUUCUCGGCACCUCGUUGCAGAUGAUGCAGCAAUGGACUGGUGUCAACUUCAUCUUCUACUACUCCACGCCUUUCCUCCAAUCUACCCAUGCCAUUAGCAACACCUUCUUGAUCUCCCUGAUCUUCACGUUGGUCAACGUCUGCUCCACCCCGAUCUCUUUCUACACCGUGGAGAAAUUCGGCCGUCGGCCUCUGCUCGUCUACGGCGCCCUGGGCAUGCUCAUCUGCCAGUUCCUCGUGGGUAUCAUCGGUGUCACGGUCGGCUUUAACCACACCCACACCGACGCCAACGGCGACAGCGUUGCCAACAACAUCUCGGCCGUCAAUGCCCAGAUUGCGUUCAUUGCCAUCUUCAUCUUCUUCUUCGCCUCGACUUGGGGCCCUGGCGCCUGGAUUCUGAUCGGAGAGAUCUUCCCUCUCCCGAUCCGAUCCCGAGGUGUGGGUCUUUCGACCGCCUCUAACUGGCUCUGGAACACUAUCAUUGCCGUUAUUACCCCCUACAUGGUCAACAAGGACAAAGGAAACCUGCGAUCCUCCGUCUUCUUCAUCUGGGGUGGCUUGUGCACCUGCGCCUUCCUUUACGCGUACCUCCUCGUUCCCGAGACCAAGGGUUUGACACUGGAACAAGUUGAUAAGAUGAUGGAAGAGUCGACCCCUCGCACCUCGAGCAAGUGGAAGCCUACCAAGACUUUCGCUGAGCAGAUGGGCAACGAGGGUGGUGUCCUGAACAAGGAGAUCGUCGCGGAUGUCGAGAGGAAGGGCUCUGUCUUCUAG